AUGACCUCUGGGCCAACGACGACCCAGCUGGGCCGUCAGUUUUGGGGCUCGAUUCGCAGUUCCGUUAUAAUCCUCACCGAAAGACUCCCAACACGACGCCCGCUCUCAAGUCAACCAUCUGCGGGGCAGUCCUUAUUCAACACAACACACAGCCAGAACGCCCGUUUCUUCCACACUGCCCGACGAUUCUUCCAACCCUACCCCGCGCGGGUCUCACCCAACAAUGUCCGAAAGAGCUGCACCUCGGGCGGCCUUCUUCUGCUUGGAAUAAGCUCCAGUCCGGCAUCCACGAGCACGGUUGUGACGACAUGCACCGCAGCGGCAGACUUGGUACUCGUUGGCAGCUCCGGACAGAGGGCGAAUCUAAGCUAUCUGGUUAAGCAAGCAUGGCGUCGGAGUCGGCAAGCCAAAGGCGGACCGGGGCGUGCUGUAGGGUCUGACACGAGGGCGAGUAGCUCGGGGAAUUCGGGGACGAAGGGGGAAGGGGAGAAGAGCAAGUUGGUUUCUCCGAAGCAGGAGCCCGAACCACCACAACAGACACCCGCCGGGCCACCGGCCCCCGGGACCCCCGAGCACGAGUCUUUGGCGGACUCAAUGUCCAAAUACCUGCAUCUCCCGAAGAUGCCGCACCGGCCAACAAAAGAGGAGCUGCUUUCCGCGGCCAGCGGGUUCCGCGAACGUUUGAAAGUACGGUUCAAAUGGUUCUCUAUCAGGAGCAUGCGGCCGUGGAAUGCAGACGAAUGGGGAGCAUUCGUUUCAUGGUUCUUGUUUGGGCACCUUGUGUGGAUUUUGGUCGGAACCACGACCUUUUUCUCCCUCAUUAUUCUCACCAUCAACACCGUUUUCGCGCAGGAAACUCUUGCCAAGUGGAUCGGUGACUAUCUCACCCAAUCAGCCGGCCUCACUGUGGUGUUCGAAUCGGCCAUCGUGCCGAAAUGGAAAGACAACGUCAUCACUUUUCGUAAUGUUUUUGUCUCUCGGCGGCCGGGUCAGGGGAAGUCCACUGUGAAGAAGGGAUCUUCCAACGCUGCCGCGGAAGCGGCUGCCGCAAGGAAGGCAGGCCUGGACGCAGCCGUGGAGGAAGAAGACGACGGCAAUUACACGCAGUUUGACGUGACAAUUGACACGGUCAACGUUACUUUAUCGUUCAUCAAGUGGUGGAACGGCAAGGGCCUUCUGAAAGACGUCGAGGUCAAGGGCGUCCGAGGCGUGGUGGACAGGACAUCGGUUCAGUGGAAUGCUGAGCCCGUGGACCCGCUUACGUAUCGGCACGAACACAACCCAGGAGAUUUCGAGCUGGAUCAUUUCAGGAUGGAAGAUUUGUUGGUCACAAUCCACCAACCAAACGGGUUCCGUCCGUUUUCCGUCUCCAUCUUCUCCUGCGAGCUCCCUCAACUGAGGAAGCAAUGGCUCUUCUACGACUUUCUCUCUGCGUCACACAUGUCGGGUUCGUAUGAUGGGUCACUGUUCACUAUUCACCCUCGUCAAAUACACGGCAUAUCCUCUGCUAAGGAGCGGCGCCAGGACGAAUUCGGCGAUUCAUCUGUUUGGAAGAAGUUCUCUCGGUUGCGCAUAGAUGGGCUCAAGAUUGACCACCUGAACCGUGGCGUUGAAGGGCCGUUUGGCUGGAUCUACGAAGGCAACGUGGACAUCGUCGCCGACGUCAUGUUCCCGACCGACCCCGCAGAGGGCAUCGGCAAAGUGGUGGCUGAGUUUUACGACAAGAUGGAAGAAGCUGUGACAAGCAACCGCUACAUCCAAAUCCUCGACAACACCAACGUCCGCAGCCGCAAACCCCAACCAAACACCAUUGAUAAUUAUGCGUCGGGCGUCUCAGUCAACAACGACAUCAACGCCAUGCAUUAUUCCUCCCCUCUCGAAGAGGCCAUCUCCACCACCGCCCCCAGCCCACCCUCGUCGUCACCCGCAGAAAAAGCCGGUGACGAAGCAGAACAACAACAACAAGAAGAAGAAGAAGACGCACCCUCCUAUCUCGUCAUGGACAUGCGCAUCCACCUCAACGACGUGCGCGCCGCGGUGCCGCUCUUCAACAACCCGCACAUCAGCUACGUCAACCAGGCCCUGGUGCGGCCCAUCGUCGCCUACAUCAACGCCAAGCGCACCUACAUCCCCAUCACCUGCCGCAUCGUCAAGCGCCUGCAGGACUUUGACGGCGCCUGGACCGUCUGGGACUGCGGCCUCAUGGACGACACCAGCGCCGAGAUCUACUCGGCCUUUGCCCAGGACGUGGUGGAUCAGCAGAGCCGGGUUCGUCGCUUCAAGCGCGUGGGGUUAUGGACUGUCAGUUUGGUGGUGCAUGCGUUGCUGGCGGGCGUGGCGGGGGAUUUGAUGUAG